AUGGCCCUGCAUAGCCCCUCGUAAAUCUGGGCCAAUUUGGAGAUAACACUAAAUAAUUUGCUUUUAUAGUGCAUGCAAUUUUGGGGGAUUUUUUGUUUUUGUUGUGCAGAGCCAUGCAUCGUGCGUUCUCGUUCCCGGUGACUGUGGAGCGCAGUCGGACCAACAAGGAGCGUCUGGAGGCGAGUGUGGCCGGGCUGUGCGAGCUGGAGCUCCGCAAGCAGAGGCAGGAGUGCCUGGUGCUGGGAGCUCUGGCUCUUGGAGACCUUUUGCUCCAGGACUGCUGCUCAAGAGGAGAGCUGGCGUGUUUCAGCAGCUGGGGGCAGGAAAACCUGACACUGAGGCGACAGCUGAGUGCCCUUCAGAGUUCCCCAUGGGGCCUGAUGCAGGCGCUGGAACAGCAGGUGGGGGAGCUGAGGAUCGACACUGACGACGGCUGCUAUGAUGGAGCUCAAGGAGACGCAGGCGACAGUCGGCCGAGCUCUGGUUUCUAUGAGUCGAGCGAGGGUCAGUCGCCUAAAGGAAGAUCUUGUUCCACUGAGCCCACAGAGACAGUCUCCCCCUGGGGUUACACCAACGACAGGCCAAAGUCUGUGGGAGACCCCUUCAUGCUGAAUGGAGACCUGGAUGUGCCAGUCCUACGCACCACCCUACCCCGCUCCUUCUCUGCCCCUUACCCACCUCUGGAGGGCAUCGCCGAGGAGGGUGCAGCGAUGGACUCCUGGCAGUGGGACCCCAGUGGAGCUAACCAAGCCUGGCAGCAGCCUACAGAGGAGCAGAUCGCAGAGGAGGACUACCAGCAUGCUUUGAGGGUAGAGGGUUACAUCCUGAGUCUCAUCCAGCGUCAUACCCUCGCACCACGGCCGUGUCAGCCUCGCACCACCCUGAGCCCCGACCCCACAUACUGCAGCGCCUCUGGACACAGCUCCCUACACAGAAGAACUCCCUCUCUUACCACAGAGCAGCGCUUUCCUGACCCCCACUUCCAGCCCCACGUUGACCUUUCGGCAAACCCUAUGAGCCAAGGCUGGGGUUGUGACCUGAUGGAGGGGGAGGCCUGUGGAGGAGAGGCCCCAUCUAUGGAGGAGGACAGUUAUCUUGCUCUGCCCUACCCCCAGUCCAGGCCACACUCCCUGGCUGAGAGGCUACCAUCACCUCUGCCCUCCCUGGACCCCAACUGUGGUGUUGGGGCUCUUGACCUUUAUUGUGAACCCCCAUCCCCCCAGCAUUACUUACAUCCACAACCUCCUAUUCAUCACAAACACAAUUUAGUAAGCGCUCAGUAUAUCCCCGGACAAGCCUGCCAUGCCCCUGUGCGCUCGCCCCGACACUACAACCAAGAGCCUAAACCCAACCGAGCCGUCACCUCUCCUGACCACCCGCACUCCAAGUCCAGAACCUCUAAGAAGAGCCACAACGAGCGACAGAGAUCCAAGAAAUCCAGCAGUAAAACCAGUCGAUCCCAGUCUGAAAACAGCCUCCUGGGCCAGCGAGUGCUUCCUGAGCGCAGGUACAGCACCACCGAGAGGCACCAAGGCAGAGGGGAUGUUGCUCAGAACCAAGGCCAAGUCGCUGGACAGCAGGUGGGCAACAACGGGAGCCGACGUUGGUGCUCCAACCUGGAGCUCAGCCAGGACGAAGGGGAGACCACAGCAGGGCAGUCACAUAGACGCCCACCUCGAAAAGCCCGACAUGGUCAUCCUUGUCCCCAUUCCCAACAGCAGAACUACCCCCACCAGCAGCAGCAGCAGCAGCAGCCCACCCAGCGCUGGCACCCAGACUUCCAGGAGAGAGCACCUAUCUGUCGGGGGGAGGAGGGCUACGCUGGCGCCGCCCCCGCAGAAUCGGAGUCCAGCAUGAGCGAGGUGUAUUCCCCGGCCUCAAGCUCCCUCUCCAGUGACUCGGAUGAGAGUGGGGGGCUGGUGUGGCCCCAGCAGCUGCCACCACGCCUUGCUUCUACCUCCUCCUCAUCCUCACCUUCACCACAGGCCACUGCCAACGCCCCCUCUCAACCAAAAGCCUUUGUCAAAAUAAAAGCCUCCCACGCUCUCAAAAAGAAGAUCCUCAGAUUCCGCUCGGGGUCCCUCAAAGUCAUGACUACUGUAUGAGGAAAUGAAACCUGUUUUAAACCCAUACUGUGUUGUAAAGCCAUUGUCAGAGCAGCACUGUGGCUGCUACUUUUGGUCACAGAUCUUAACAAACCAAUCCAGUCUUUGUACUCUACCUACCUCUAAUUACAGUGUGCUCUUAGCGAGAGACAUUUACAUUAAUGGGCAUGAUUAAAGAUCUGCUGGAGAUCAUCUGGUUGCAUUUAUCUUGUAGCUGACAACCGUCAGACACUAGACUAAUGGGCAUUAUCCUGCUCUAAUUGAUGAUAAUUGGUGUGAUGCAAAGUUACACUGUGUUGACAUGGACCACACUGUCGCUAAGUGACUGAAUAGGCUGCCAGUUUUUCUUGAUGCCUGUUGGCCUUUUACUUAAUUAAUCAUAGACUUGUGGUUAAUUAAUUCCUACAGUGUAGAGUUGGCCGAAGGCAAGUCUACACAACUAAUAGGUAUAUUGUCAAAAGCUUCAAGUCUUGCUAAACACCAAAGCUCUAGAAAUGAGAUAAAAGUGUUUUAUGGCACUGGCUUUUCUAAGAAAUAUGGGUAAAUUUGCUCUAUUUAACAGGUCCAACAUAUCCCACUAAUUUCCUAGGAAGCUUCUUAAAGAACUGUGUAAUUUGGUACUAACUCAAGAGAACAGCUCAAUUUAAAACCAAGUAAAUCAUCUUUGAAUAUUCAUGUAUUAUUGGAGACUUUGUGCUCAAAAUUUCACAUUUUGGCAUUGUUAGCUGAUCUGAUCUGCACUGAAUAAAAGCCUUCCUGUUACCAGUUAAUUGGUAUUA